GCAGUGUGGGCAUAGCUUCGGCUGUCGCGCGUCCGCCGCCUGUGGAUAUGACUUCGAAGUUCCUCGAGAAUGUCCCGGUGGUCAAAAGCAGACCAAAUGGGAUCCCAAGGCCAAGCGUCCCAAAGUGUCGAAGUGCCAUUCCAAGCUCUUUGCAAGCCUGCCGCAUGAUGAGACGUGCAUGGCGGACUUUCAGGAAAUCCGAGUGCAAGAUGAUAUGCAAGCGAUGGGCGUUGGUGUUGUACCUCAAUCCUGUGCAGUGACCGUCUUUGGCGACCUGGUGGGUGUGGCCCAACCCGGCGACGCCGUAAUGGUGGAGGGUUUGGUCUUCCAAAGAUGGAGACCGACGUGGCAAGGGAAACGUGUGGAGGUCGAAAUGUUCAUCGAAGCGACCAAUGUCGAACGGCUGUCCCGAGAUGCGAGCGACUGCGGCAAAGUGAUGCCUGAAACAGAGGACACUUUUCGGCGCUUCUGGAGCGACUAUGGCCACGACGAAUGGCAGGGUCGCGCCGCAUUGGUGACAAGCACUGCGCCCUGGUUGUCUGGCUUGCCCGUGCCGAAACUGGCGCUUCUCUUAACGCUGGUGGGCGGCAGUGCUCAGGGAAGCACCCCGAGUUCAUCUGCCCGGGAGCGCGGAUGCUCCAGCUUACGGCAGUUUAUCUUUCAACCGAGGGGGCCCUCGGGUCAUUCAUGGUUUCGCAAAGCGCGCUUUGCAAUGGCGCUCUUCAGUCCAUUCUUCAUGCAACUUGGAUAA